GCGUCGAAUGAGCAUUCAUUGAUGGAGGUGAGGCUCGUAAUUUAAAUAAUUAUCCAAUUUGAAAAUAGAAGUUUAUCUGUGUGAUUCGUUAUUAAGUAGUACUAUUGUCAAGUAAAAGCUUUUCUUUUACAUUAUUGGGUCGUAGUAUCUGGAAAUACACUGUGUCAAUCUCAGUAUUGAUUCAUACUACUACCUCACCUUUCAGGUACAGGUAGAGGCUCGUAGCGGAUUCUGUUUUACGAUCAUAGGAAAGUUUUUCUAAAGCACCUGCAUAAGUGUAACGCUCCAUAUAUUGUUUCAGUAUACUGGGUUAUCAUUCUGCAGCUGCAGGUGUCCUGUUAUAGACAAUUAGUUUAAAAAAAUUCUACGAACCUCUACUGUCUCUGAUUAAAGACGAAGGUAGUACGAAUAAACGAUUAGACGUAGUUUUGCUUUUAAAAGUUAUGAUUUAACAUCAUUUAACUGUGUGAGUCAUAAAUUUACUUUCACACAGUAUGUAACAAUUCGGACAAUUUUUUCAGAUAAUACUGAUCAACAAAACACAACGAUAAAUUUUUAUUUUUCAAGUCAGUUUGCUAAAUGACAUAUUGAAAAAUAUAUAUUUGGUAUGUCAUUAGUGUGUCAACGUGCUUUAGGUUAUGUUUUUGAAUUCAGAUCUUUUUAUGUAUGUACCAACAACAUACAACGCAAUUGUUGAGAAAUUGUCGAUUUUGAGUAAUAUAAAAUAAGAUUUUAUAAGUGUUUUUAACGUAAAUAUGAAAAGAAGCUUUUUUUUAAUUAUAGGAACAAAGCCACAUGGUAGAAAGUAUCUAAUUAUGUCUACGUAUCGUCUGAUCUCAUGGGGUGCAAAUUCCCAUGGUCAGUUAGGACAAGGUAUCUUAUCUGAACAAUGCAUCCUACCUCAAGAAGCCGAUAUCACCGCAUGUCCCCUGAAACCAGAAGCUAUAAAGAAAAUCGUCGGUGGUGCCGGACACACGCUGAUCUUAGACACAAACGGUCGUAUUUACUGCUGUGGAUGGAACAACAAGGGACAAACCGGAAACGGCAAGCAGGAGGAAAAUGUUUUAACGUUUCAGAGAGUAGAUGCUCUCAAGCAUGAACGAAUAAUCGAUGUGUGCUGCGGAUGGGACAGUUCCGCGGCGUUAACGAGAGAUGGUGAAUUAUAUGUAUGGGGCUCCAAUCGUUAUGGACAAUUGGGUUUGGACCCUGCAGUUUUUCCGUCUGUACUACUACCUCGCAGAGUUUCUAUAGGCACGAAAAUCAAACGUGUCGCGAUGGGUCUAAGACAUACCGCCGUGGUGACGGAAAAUCACGAACUCUAUACUUGUGGAGCAAACAAUAAAAGGCAAUUGGGUUUAAUCAAUCCGGAGACCAUGGAGCCUUAUACGUCUGCGAGUGCAUUUACCAAAGUUUCAGAAUUGGUAAUGCAAGGAAACGUAGAAAACGUUGCCUGCGGUCAGCAUCAUACCGUCGUGACAAGAAGCGAAAAGGAUUUGUGUGAUGUAUACGUUUUUGGUGACAAUAAGCAUGGACAAUUGGGAUUCUCUCCUAAGACACCUAAUAUGCAAUUACCGCAAUCUAUAAGCACCUCACGGUUCAAUAUGCCAGUUCAAAUUCAUGCCGGAUGGAGUCACACGAACAUCCUGAGCAACGGCGCUAUUUUCUCAUGGGGAAGAAAUGACUACGGUCAAUUAGGUCGUUCUUCAUCGAAUGUACAAAAUGAAACGUCUGUAAAAGAGGAUGUUCUACGUAUCGAACACAUCCCAACGAUUGUUCAGCUUUCAGUUGGUUCGGAACAUAACAUUGCCGUAACUGGUGAUAAAACGAUAUUAUGUUGGGGCUGGAACGAGCAUGGAAACUGCGGUAACGGGAGCACGAAGGACCUCUUGCGACCAGAAUUCCUUCCAAUUCCGCCGAAUUUUAUUGGCAUUCUCGUUGGUGCUGGUGCGGGACAUUCAUUUGCUGUGAUAAAAAGCGUUACCUGAUUAAUGAUAUAUUACACACAAAUAUAUUAAUUAUUAAAUACUAAUUGUAAAAAUAUGUACAUCUCAGUGAGACGUAUUUUUAUAAAUAAUUUUUAA